ACUUCACAUUUUACUGUUAAACCAUUCACUGAAUGCCUUGUGCUGUGAUGUGACAAUAUGGCCGAGGCGCUGGCAGCAGCCUUCACAGAUAAUAUCUUGACAUGUAGCAUCUGUCUGGAAGUAUAUCGGGACCCCCGUGUGCUGCCUUGCUACCAUACAUUUUGCUAUGGUUGUAUAUGUAAUCAUGCUAGGAGAACUCGUACUCCAAAUAGAACAUUUCUAUGCCCUGUUUGCAGGGAAGAAAUCCAGUUUCCAGUUGGUGGCCUUACUCAGCUGAAAAAGAAUUUUGUAUUUAGUAAGGCCAAGGACAUCAUAACCCAGCAACAACCAGAUAGAGGGGCAUCACAGAGUGAACAGACCAAUGUAGCAGCAGUGACACAAGCCACUUCAAAAAUGACCAUCAAUUGUGAGAAACAUCCUGAUCUCAAGUUAAAAUACUACUGUGAAGAUGAUGAUACCGUUGUAUGUGGUGACUGUGCAUCAACAGAACACUAUAGACAUGGUAUUGUGCCAGUUGAAAAUGUUGCAGAUAUCAAUCGGAAAAAAAUUAAAACUUUCCUUGUGAAAACUUUGCCAAAACUGAACAUGUUCAAAGAAGCAGUUGCCAAGGAAACAGCCACUGAAACAGAAGAAACACAAAUCAUGACAGCCUCCAUCUACAAAAUCAAAGAACAGGCUAAACGCAUUCGAAGAUUGGUUGAUCAGAGGGAGCAAGAACUGAUAUCAGAAGUAUUUUCUGCUUGUGAUAUCCGAAAAAAGCAGAAGGAGGUCAAGAAGGACACCCUUGAACUUCACCAUGCCUCCUUGGGGAGUGCGUGCAAUUUUGCCCAAGAACUUAUCACACAUGGUUCUGAUUCUGAGAUCAUGAUUCACACUAAAGAUCUGACAGAGAGACUGGCAGCGAUGGAGAAAAUGCCACUGCUAGCUCCAGAUACACUAGACCAGAUAUGCUAUAGUCCUGGUAAGAUAUCUACAGCUGGGCUGGAAGCCAUGUUAGGACAGGUGACAGUACGGUCACAACCUCCUAGACAGAGAACAAAUCUACCAAAUCCAGCAUCACAUCUUCCUGAUUUCAUAGAGAAGGCAGAAUGUGUACAUUCCUUCACUGCUAAAUUGAAAAAUGAUAAUGAUUCCAUAACUGGGUUGACAGUAGAUAAAAGGUAUAUGUUCAUUGUUAACAGUAAUAUGGAAAGCAAAUAUGAGAGAACAAACGUAUACACACAUAAAGGGCAAUUCAAAUUUGCCAUAAAACCUAAUGAUUCAUUUGAUGUGGCUGUGUCACAACCUGGUCAGCUGUAUAUAACAUCACCAUAUGAAAAAUGUGUCAAAGUGUUUCCUCCCAGAGGUAAGAAGAUAAAAACCAUGGGUUACGGUAUACUUGAGGAGCCAUAUGGUGUAACACUGAACAGGGAAGGUCAUGUGAUGGUUUGUGACAGAAGAAGGAAAUCCAUCUUCACCUUCAAUGCAGACAGUGAACAGCUCCUAAACACUAUUCCACUAAGGAUGUGUAAAUGCCCAUGGUACAUCGCAGUGAACAGUGUGAAUGAUAACAUUGUGAUAUCAGACAGUAGCUGUGUACAUGUGCUGUCACCUACUGGUGAUCAGCUGUACCAGUAUGGCACAGAAGGCAGUGGUGAAGGUCAGCUACAGACACCAUGUGGAGUGUGCACAGACAGCUAUGGUCACAUCUUCAUUGCUGACUGUUUGAACCACAGGAUUGUGGCACUGAGUUCAAUAGGACAGUUUGUCAAAUACAUUGCCACUAAGGAUGAUGGGUUGGGGUAUCCCACAGCAUUAACCAUUAACCCUACUGGCCAGCUGGUGGUGGCAGAGCAGUGGGGCACAGUUAAGACAUUCCAGUACUUACAAUAAGUAGUCAGUUCACAUUUU